UACACACAAAGACGCAUUAUGCGUCCAGACGAACUACCUUUCGAAGUGCGUCGUUCAAGACGCAUUUCAAAUGAAAGUUCGUCUAGACGUAUAAUGCGUCUUGUGCCCGUCUUUACACGAGAGACGCAUAACCGGACGAACUACAAAUGUUUGCCCAAGUUCGUCCAGACGGAUAAUGCGUCUCUAGUAUAAAAACGGCCAUUGCAUGUCGUUUGGACGUUAAUUGUUUGGAAGUCUGCGGUUUGUUAGCAGUCAUGGGUGGAAAAUGACAAACAAUGGAUUGCCGGAUUUAGUUUUGAAUGAUCUUGUCCACUCCCAGGAAAAGAAUUUGUGUGCGCGCCGCUCGACCAUGAAAAACUCCGGAAAACAAGUUGGAUUUCAGGUCUUGAUAAGAACCUUCUUGAAAGUUGAUUUAACGACCGAUUCAAGAUGAUAAAGAGUAUUUACAUCAUGGUAAUUAGAGGAUAAUUGGAGGAUGUAGAGCACCAAUUAUCAACCUUGAGAGGUACAAUAGCGAAGCUUGACUAACAACAUGGCGGACGAAUCGGCGAACGAGGCUCACGAGCUGGAGGGGACCUUCGCUAACAGAGCAACCGAAUGUUGUGAUUUAUUGUCGUACCUAAAACGUUUGGUCUAUGAAGCUUUGUCUACUGUUGUUAGUAUGGAUCAAACGAAUCUAGAUUCGUGUUCUCUGAAGUUCAACAAGAAAUUGGAAAAUGGAGAUUUAAUCAUUCCAGCUUUUGUACGGAGUUAUCUUCGCGCUGGCAAGGUUGAAUUUCAAAGUCUCUGUCAGGAGAUAAGUGACCAUGUGUCUAAAGUUCAGUUUGUCAGACAGUGUUGUGUGACAAGUGGGGGAAAUCUUCUGUUGAGUCUCAACAAGGCAGAUGUAACAAGUGCUGUGUUUAACAAUAUCAUCAAAGAAACAGAUCAAUAUGGACAGUCAAGCAAGCAGACACAUCAGUGUGUUUUAUUGAAUCCCUCUCUUUCGGUUCAUGUGGAGGAUGAAGGUCAUUUAAAUCUGGAUCAACUGAGAACAAUUCUCAUUUUUGAACACAUUAAGGAACUUUUAAAUGCAAAUGGGUAUGUACAGUUUAUGGCAGUUUCAAAUGCUUAA